AGGUGUUAUCUAGAUAAGUGUUUGUUUUACGACUAAACGAUGUGUGGUAAAGUCGGGCUAUGGCUGUUUCUGGUAGUUCCUGUAUUAGGGACUGACUACCAAGUCACCAUAUAUCCAAGUUAUCUAUCACAAGGUGGUCGAACACAUUUCGAGACUGACCGCUGGGAUGGCCAUAAUGGACUGGAUUCUCAGAAUUUCAUUGCCAAGGCAAAGUCAAUUGCUACUGAAAGUGGUAGAUGGCUGAACCGUGACUUGAACGGACGGAUAUUCCAAAAUACACCCCAAGACCCUAAUCAUCAUGGUUAUCCUGAUCCAAACCAUUUUAAAGACCCAACUUUUGUCCAGAAUAUAUGUGCUAAGUAUAAAAAAAAUCUUCAAGGAUAUGGAAACGAUUUGGAUAUCGUCAUGGAAAUCAAGGGGCUCUACUGGCCAAAGUGGAUGAACACUUCGCAACACGGUGGAAAGUUUCCUAAUAAUUUAGAUGCAGGCUCUGAAUUUAUAGUUUUGCUUUUCAAGUCUAUUAAACAAUGCACGCAUGGUAUCAUACCGAAGUACUUCGAGGUCAUAAAUGAACCAGAUGCAGCUUGGAAAUAUAUUAAAUGGAACACAGUCAUUGAUUUCCAUAAGAUUGUUGCAAAAAAGCUAAAGCGUCAGUUCCCAGGGAUUAAAGUUGGCGGGCCAACAAAAAACGGUGCGAUUUCCGGAAGUGACAAGAACGAUUUCCGUAUAUGGGAGUUUUCUCGACAGUUUCUUGAUAUGUCUCUAGACCAUCUAGAUUUCUUUUCCUUUCAUCCAUACAACUUUUUCUUAGUGAAGGGUAACAACUAUCGAUUUGAAGGUAUAAAUGAAGCGAGAUUAGCAGGGUUCAUUGAUUUAGUGGAAAGUUACGCAAAUCAAAAGAAGGGCCGUUCUGUUCCUCUUAUAAUUAGCGAGUAUGGUUUAAGCCAAGUACGGGGAAUUAACGUAAAUAAACCAAAUCCUUUCAUAGACUGGGCAUAUAUCAAUCAACAUAACAGCCACAUGUUCACGUAUUUGAAUUUUCGAAACGUGAUUGACAGAGCUAUUGGAUUCAUGCUGUCAUAUGCAACCACCCUAGGUCAGGCAUCGUUACAUUACAGCCUUUUCCAUCGUGAUGGAAGUUUUGCUAAUGCUGCCAAGGCUUACAAAUUUUGGCAUCAUUUAUCCUACCAAAAUCAAUUUCUACGAAUUGAUAGUCCGUUUGACAACAAAGAGAGAAAAAUUUCGCCCUUAGCUUUGGGUAAUCCAAACAAUGGUGACAUACUCAUUUUACUGCAUAACUAUGACAGGUCACAAGCAAGAAUUAAGCUUAAUUUCGAUCGUCACUGGUUUACGCCGUCUUCGGGGAUUUCGCAUUGUCAAUACCUUAACACCCAAAAACAACCAGUUUUAAAAGAAUGGAAAUCCAUGCAUGUUUCGAACGGAUAUGUUACAGUUCCGGCGGACGGUAGUUGUAUUUUUGUUUUUCACUCCAAAUAUAAUUUUCACAAUAUUCACACUAUUAAGGAAACUACUUAUUAUGGAAAGAAAAUGGUAAUGAGAAUAAAGAAAGAUUGCACCAUUUGUAUUUUCUCCUGCGCAUCGUGUACCUAUGCAGUAUCAUCAACUGUAAACGUCCAUUCACUUGGGAAUGUUAAGUACGCACGACUUAGAAUCGGAGUAAGUUUGCCAGGUAAAUCAGGUGGAAAUCCGACCCCGAAAACUGUUCUGAUCAACAAUCACCACGUGACAGCAUAUUAUCAACUUUUUGCACCAGGACGAGGUCACGAAGAUACCAGAUGGGAAAUAUAUGAAUACCGAAUUCCCGCCAAUUUCUUGCGCUCAAAUUCUAAUGAGGUUAAGGUUGAAUUCAACCAAUCAGGAGGCUAUGUUUCAACAGUUGCGCUUUUAAUCGGUAACUAGUUUCGAUGAUUAAAGUUAAUAGCUUUAUAUUAUAUUUGUUAUUUUUAUAUGAUGCUUACAAAAUUGGCAUUCAUUUUUACGAAUAUUUAGUCAAAAUUGUCUUUUCUGUCCGUCAACAAUGUUUGUAUACACACAAGCUCCAAUUGUACAGGCUGGAUGCUGAUUACACUACACAGUUUUUGUGCACUAUAUGUAGAUACGCAUUUUAUUUUUGCUGUCAUUUUUUUUUAACACUUAACUUUUGUGCUAUGAUUUCAGUGACAAUUGAAAAAGGAAUAACAUUCUAUUCCAAAUUUACCCUGUGUCAAAAAUUCUAAAUGAAUGCAAAAAUACAUGAAAAAUUGCAUAUAUAGUGGUCGAAUUUUAAUGACACUUUAUAUUUACAUAUAUGCUAAAUUAUGUCAUUGUGUCCAAAUUUACGAAAAUGUAUAUUCCAUGAUUUAUUCUUUAUAUGCAUCAGUAUUUUGUUUUUGUGUUUUGUCCUCAAAAAAAAAUAUGCAAGCGGUUGGGGGUUGGGGUACCGGUGGGUUGGCUGACAUGUCACUUUUCUAGUUUUACAUCAAUUUCAGUUUUAUUUGUUUCAUGACUAUUUACAAACAUUCAAAACAUUAGUAUUUCCUUUUGAUUAUGUUGGUUUGUUAAAGAACUUUCGGUACGCACCCCCUGGGUUGUCUACGGGUAGAAUCUUCUUGUUUUAUGUUUGGUGUUUUGCGAACUAUUAUUUGUUCGUCUUUUUUCUCUUGCUAAUAAGUUUGUCACUGCAUUCGAUGUAAGGCCACGUAAGAAAUCACUAGUGGAGAAGGAAAAUUUAAUGUUGAUCCUUCCGGAGCACCUGAUUUCUUCCCCUUCUUCUGUGAGGUUAGAAUUACGCAUAGUUUUCUGUGUAGUGUUUUGUGGAUUCAUUUUCUCUCAAUCUUUUUGACCAUGGUGUGGUUUGUUUUUCUUGUUUUUCUUGUUUUUUAUUCCCCCCAUUUGAUUUUCUCACCCUUUUUAACAUUCCUCACAAAAAAGGCUUUCGUCCGCUCGUCAGUUAAGUUUGGAGCAUGAUCCAAACUAUUAUUUAGAGCAAGCUAAUAAAUAAAAAAUUGAAUGUUUGCAAAGGGGUCAUAAAAAUUAAAUACAAAACUAGAGGUAUUUCCAGCUAAGUUAAAAACGGUACUCUCAUCCCUUCCAAAGUCCAUUAUUUCUUUUUGCAAAAUUAAUCUUUCACCAUUUUAGAAGCUGCACUAUGCAUGUCUUUUAUAGUGUUUUAGUUUUGUGACCUAUCAUCUAGAUAGUCAAAAGAGGUAGUUUUGCGCACGUAAAAUGGUUAAAUCCCACCAAUUUGGGCCUGUACCAAGAAUUCUUUGGAAUAUAUGUUUGUCUUUGUCUGUAGGUCUUUUUUUUUCGGUGGAGUUGAUGUAAGGGGAUAGUGUGCUUUUUUCAAUUGUGUGGUAGUUUUUGUAUUUCCUGUUCUACCCUUUUCUGUAUAAUUCAUAUGACGAGUGGAUUUGCUUCUCUAAUUAGAAAUGCUGUGGAAUCACAUAACAAUGUAAAAUGUCUUUGCAUAUACUCAUAAUAAUUUCAAUAUGAUUUAUUGUUAUUUUAGAAACAAUAAAUAACACCAACAAGAUAACUAUUUCAAUUUUUAUAGAUUACUAUCUGUAGCUACUAAGAAAAAUCCGGAAAGCUGGUAAAAGUUAUGAUGAUUUAUUACAGCUCAAGAAGACGUUUUCUCCAAACUCUAUGUCAAGUUGUCUUGUAAAUCGAAUGUUAUGUUUUUCCAUUUUAAGAAUUUUCAAAGCAAUAACAAAAAAAGACUGAACGCACAGCGACUCAAUCAUGCAAACACUGAUAACAAAAUUUUUUUUUAAGGUAAGCCCCAAAUAAACUUCAAAAUACAUGUAAAACACGAUCCUAACAAAUCAGAAGAACAACAAAUAAUAUAUGUGUUUUCAAAAGAAACUAUCAGAACGGGGUAAAAAGGAUGUUUAAGCCUAUUUGAUAAAAUACAUGACGAUUAGUAUAAUCAUGAAACUUUGUUGUCACUUGAUACUUUUGUAGCAAGCAUAUUGAAUUAUUGCCCGAAAGAAUGGGGAUUUCAUAUGGCACCAAAUACCGAAAAAGUUCAUUUGUAUUAUUUAAAACGUGUUCGUAAAGUCAAAAUAAGUGCUGUCACUAAUAUGAUUUAUUGUGAAUUCGGUAGUUUGCCUAUUUCCAUUGAAAGGCAAUAUAGAAUAGUCAAAUAUUGGUUAAAAAAUGUGAGUACAGAAAAUCUUAUAUUAAAGAACUGCUGUGAUGAGAUGUUUGAAAGAAGUUGUAUUAAAAAGAAGAAUAAACAAAACUGGUGUUGUAAGUUUAGAGAUUGUUUAGAUAUGGAUUUAAUGAUGUUUGGUUAGGCUAAAGUGUAGUGUGUAAAGAUAUUUUUCUAUUACAAUUGAAAGAAAUAAUGCUUGAUGCAUUCAUUAAUGAAGUAACUGCGUUUUUUUUUGAGAAUUCAAGUAAAUGUCAUUUUCAUAGAUAUAUGUAUAGUACACAUGCUUUGCAAUUUUAUUUAGAUAGACCUAUAAAAAUAUAUAUAAACCAUAUAUUUGUUAAUAUCGUAUAUCAGCUCAUAAUUUAAGCAUAGACAUAGGCAUUUAUGAUAAUGUUGAUAAAAAUAAUGACUAUGUACAAGUUGUAAUAGUUGCUCUAUUGAAAAUGAAUAUCAUUUUAUAAUUGAAUGUCAAAAAUAUAGUCAAAUCCGAGAAAAGUAUAUAAAAAAGUAUUAUUGGAGAAAUCCAUCUGCAUACACACUUAUCCAAUUGUUAUCUGUCAGAAAUAUUGAAGAAUUACAUGAGUUAGGUAUAUUUUUAAAAUCAGCAGAAAAACUUAGAAUUUAAUCACAUGUUUAUAGUAUAUUUGUUCUCACAUAUUGUUUUUAUUAAAGUAUAUCAUUCUCCGCUCGUAUUUCGUAUUUUGUAUUAUGUAUUUUAUUUUAUUUCGUGUACACCUUUAUAUCUAUAUAUUGUGUAAUUCAAGAAUAUUUUGUAAAAAUUUUAAUCAUUGAUGCAUAUAAAAUUAUUAUUAUUAUGAGUAUGUAUCCUAUACGCUGUAUUUGCUUUUAAAAUAAAGUAUUAUCAUUCAUU